UCAUUAAUCAUUCGUCGAUCCAAUCUUCUGACGUGGAAUUCGCUAAUAAUUAAUAAGAACAAAUAUUAAUUCACCUUCCAUCUUCAAGUUCAACCUGAUCCUGCUCUAGCUAGCUACCUUUUCUGCUUAUGAAUAUAUAUAUAUACACACAUAACUGCAGACAUCAACUCAGAAAUUAAACUAGAGUACGAAUUGAAUGAACCAGUAUAUACACGAACUGAAGCAGCAGAUCGGUGAAGCGAGUUCAGAUCAAAGCACUAGGACAAUACCAUCUUCCACUACUUUAAUUAUUUUCCUUCUCACAAUUGGAGGUAUCAGAAAAUCUGAUUCUUUCUCCCAAUGAGACAAAAAGCAGUAAAGGUUUCUUGUUUGCAUGCACAACUCAGAAAUCAACGUGUGUGGCAUUGGGCAUGAGCGCACUGCUUCCACCAACCAGCCUAUCUCUCGCUUCGCUCCAACUCCAAACACCAUAAAUUGAACCUUCACAGAGAGCAGAAGAAGACCCAUUUUUAAUUAUUCCCCCAACACAAAAAAAAAAAAAAAAAGCAAGAAGAAGAAGAAGAAGAAAUGGGUGAUCAGAAAGGAAUUGAGACGGAGAGAGCUCCUUUGGGUAUUACCAUAAAGGGGAUUCUUAGUCUGAUAAUGUCCACCAUAGAUGAAAAGAAAGGGAGGAGAGUCAUUUCUCUGGGGAUGGGCGACCCUUCUGCCUACACCUGCUUUCACACCACUCCUGUUGCUGAAGAAUCUGUUGCUGAUGCUCUUCAGUCUCAAAACUUCAAUGGCUAUGCCCCCACUGUUGGCCUUCUUCAAGCUAGAAUAGCAAUUGCAGAUUACCUAUCUCGUGAUCUUCCUUAUAAGUUAUCAUCUGAUGAUGUUUACAUCACAUCCGGUUGCACCCAUGCUAUUGAUGCUGCAAUAACAAAUCUCUAUCGCCCCGGGGCUAAUAUCCUGCUUCCAAGGCCUGGGUUCCCAAUUUAUGAACUUUGUGCUGCUUUUAGACACAUUGAAGUCCGGCAUUUCGAUCUUAUCCCGGAGAGGGGUUGGGAGGUUGAUGUUGAUGCUAUAGAAGCCCUUGCAGAUCACAACACCGUUGCAUUGGUUAUUAUAAAUCCUGGAAAUCCUUGUGGCAGUGUUUACUCUUAUCACCACUUGAAGAAGAUUGCAGAAACUGCAGAAAAGCUUAGAAUUCUAGUAAUUGCAGACGAGGUUUAUGGGCACCUGGCUUUUGGGAAAAACCCAUUUGUGCCUAUGGGAGUUUUUGGAUCCACUGUUCCAGUUCUUACUCUUGGAUCUCUAUCAAAGAGAUGGAUAGUACCGGGCUGGCGACUAGGCUGGUUUGUGACAAAUGAUCUCUGUGGCACCUUUAAAAACCCAAAGGUUGUCGAACGCCUUAAGAAGUACUUUGAUAUUUGUGGGGGGCCAGCAACAUUUAUUCAGGCUGCAGUGCCCCGCAUCCUUGCACAAACUGAAGAGGUUUUCUACAUGAAGACCUUGAACAUACUAAAGCAGACAUCAGAUAUUUGCUGCAGAAAAAUUAAGGAGAUUGGUUGCAUUACUUGCCCACACAAGCCAGAGGGAUCCAUGGCUGUAAUGGUUAAAUUAAAUCUUUCAUUACUAAAAGACGUAAGUGAUGACAUAGAUUUCUGUCUCAAGCUGGCCAAAGAGGAAUCUGUUAUUAUCCUUCCAGGGACUGCUGUUGGACUGAAGAAUUGGCUUCGCAUCACUUUUGCCGUUGAGCCAUCCUCUCUUGAAGAAGCAUUAGGGAGGGUGAAAGCUUUCUACCAGAGGCAUGCCAAUCAAGAAUUCAAGUACUAGUGGGUUCAAGUGAGCCGCAAGGCAAACAACCAAAAAUGCCAAAAACAUUUGAUCCUACUCCAUUGUAUAGCUAUUAUAGAUUAUGCCAUAAUCAUUUAAAGUACAUUUUCAUCAUGUUUUAGAAAUGUACUAAUAGUCUAAUACAAUAAUUACGUAGUUUCCUACCA